AUGGAGCCAGACAUUGGCCAACUGGCAACCCCUCGUCCCAUGCUUCGACCCGAAGAUGCUACACGCCUGGGUCGGCCGUUUCGUCAUGAAGACGACGAAAGACCUCGAGCCUUAAGCGAGAAUGCCAGAGCAAAUGACGAGCGUGCCAAUCCAGCCCAAGCCGUGAACACUUCUCCUCGAGCGGCAGACCGACCGGCGGUACAAAACGUGAAGAACGAGCAGGCCUUGUUGUCUCUAGAAGAGACCACAGAGCUAUUCAGGAAAAAGAUGGCCGAUGCCAGACAAGAUACCGAGCAUGCACUUGCUGGCAGUGAAGCAGUCAGUGACGCGGUGAAACCCAAGCUCACACUGGAUAUGGGCCACUCGAACAUUGCUAGACUCCCGGAAAGUGUGGUGGACCUGAUCAAAGCCGAGGUGGAACGACUAUCUUUGUCACAUAAUCAGAUCUGGCAUAUUCCUCUACGCUUUGCGGAAUGUACGCAUCUACGAUAUCUCAACAUACGCUCCAAUGUAUUCCGGGAAAUACCUCGAGGGGUGUACAAACUCAGUCAGUUGGAAAUCCUGGAUAUCAGUCGCAACAAGGUCCGCAGGAUCUCGAGCGACAUCCGGAAUCUCAAGUCUUUGCGGGUGUUUUCGAUCGUGCACAACCGGAUCGAAGACCUGCCCACGGAGCUGUGCGAGUUGACCAAAUUGCAGAUACUGAAGAUCGCAGAGAACCCUCUCCGGUUCAAGCUGAAAAAGAUCGUGGAAGCGAAGGAGUCGGAGGUAUCCUUCUCAGAAAUGACCGACCAUGAACGGGAAACGGCCAUCACCACCGAGAUCAAGCGAUACCUGAAAGAAACGCACCCUGUGGUCGCCGACACCGAAGCAUCGCCCGAGAUCGAGGAGGGCCCAAUGGAAACGCCAAAGCCUCUCAAGCGAGCCCUGAGCAGCCGAUUCCCCGUCAUACCAAGUACGGGCAGUAUCGACUUUGGCUCAGAUGGCAACAGAUCAUCCCCGCUUCAGCCGAAUGCUCCUCCCAUACCCACACGUUCACAUUAUAGGGUCAUUUCUGGAACCCAGAACAUCCUUCGGAGGCCCGGCGUAGCGCCUCUGAUCAGCCAGAACAGCAGUGAGAGGAAUCGGAGCAACAGCGAGAGUGUGUUGCAAGCGUCAGCCGCCGCCCGCCAUAAGAGAAUGGGCAUGCUCAGGAAGGACAAGCCGGACUUGGACAGCAUUGACGAACUGCGGGCCAAUCGAAACAGCCAUCUUCGGGGGUUCAGUCAUGGUUCCGUUCUCAAGCGUAACGGCGUUCUGUCGUCCCCUGGUGGGGCCAGCGCUUCGAGUCCCAACAGUCCCCGGGAUGCGAGGAGACAUAGGCUGGCUUUUGUGAAACGAUUGUCCAGCCUACCCGAACACAAGGUUGAGCACGACUGGAACAGCCCUGUCAUCGAGGGUGCCAAAGGAAUUCUCUAUGCACUGUAUCAGAUCCACCCGCAUAUAUCCGGGCUGAUCGCCGCGAUCAGAGGAAAGGAAUUCCGACGGAACACGUUGGAGUUCACCUUCUUCAACGCGUCGACUCACGUGGACCGCUUAAAUGAGGCAUUGGAACAAGUGGACAUGGUUGAUCCCGCGGAUGGAGAUGCCGUGGAGAACCUCGAGUCAACGAUCCGGCGGGACUGUGCUACAUGUAUCAUGGCAUAUGCGCAUGUGACGGCUCAACUGCAAGAUAAUGUGAAGAAGAUCGUCGCCGGGGUUGAUCCUCGUUACGUCCGAACCCUCAUGCUUCUUUUGUAUGGAAGCAUGGUGGAGGUCAGGAAUGCGAUCCAGAGCUUCGGGGCGGAUGUGAGGGUUACACAGGGCAUGGGUCAUAGAAGACAGAUGUCCAGUGGGAACACCCAUCCUAUCCAGACCAUUCCUGAAGAAUACAGCACUCCUUCGCAACCGGUUCGAGCCAGCACGCCGACCCGAGACCGAAAUUGGCCUUCCAGGCCGGGUGCGAGAUUGCGCAGUGACACGACCAUUCAACAUCCAGUGGUAGGGACCAACCCGGGAUAUCAACCGAACUCUGUAGCACCUGUGGACACGGGUGCCCUCCCGACUCCUAUGUACCUGACCGGCACCACCCUCAAUGGUGGUAACUUGACCGGAACUUCAUCGACUUUUUCGAAUAGUGGUACCAUGACCUCGACGUCCACCACCGGCUUAAGGUCGAGGUCGAGUUCCCGCACCGCGCAGAUCAUGAAUGGAAUCAAUUCUUCAUCCGUUGCCGGCACUCCCCGCUCGGGUGAAGGGUUCAGUCUCCCACCGUCUGCGUCGUACGCAGUUCGAGUGAACCCGACCACCGGUCUCACCGAUACUCAGGAGGAGGCCAUUUUCGAACAAAUCUUCCUUGCUCUGACCCGUGCCUAUGAUGCGGCAUUGCAUACCAUCCCGAUUGCCAAACAACAAUUCCUACGAUGUCUGGAAGUAGCCGAGGAGAAUCACCAGCCGAAGUCGGUCCAUGAACUAUGGUCUACUCUUGUGUAUCGAUGCAAACUGUGCAUCGAGGUCAGUGAGGCUCUCCAGAUCAGGCUAGUCAACAUGCGCUUGAAGGAUCCUAGUCAAUAUGUCGCGCCCAAUGCCAGUGGCCGGAACGAUCCGUCGUUAUGGCUAUUGUGCAAGAAUUUCUUGAUGAGCUUUAUCGAUCUACUUACCGAUAUGCGCGAAGCGAAAUCUCUCCGUUUGCUGUCCCAGGAACUCAUCACCAUGUUACGACCAGUGCAAAAGGCGAGUCGGGAAGCUGGUCGUCUGAUCGAGACCAGCCCGUGGAGAUACCUGACCGACAGUGCGGCCGCGGCGAUGCCUCCUCCGGGCGUAUUUCAUCAAUCUUUGGGUCAACAGGCUUCCGUGAAUGGGAGCGGUUAUUCCAAUGGCAUCAAUAACAUGUCGGGAUACGGAGGCCCGGGUCAAAUGGGUGACCCCUCGCUUCCCAGUCCCUUCCCUCCUCCCAUGGCCCCUGUGCCGGCGGCGCCCGGUUCAUCGUCGGGUGCAAUGACGAAUAAUCUGGCCAUGAGACAAAUGGUCAAUGGCAAUAAUGGUCCAGGCAACUUUGGCCCCAAUGGAAUCGGUCCGGUCUCUGCGCCCUUACCUGCCACGCCGUUGUCUGCAGCCCUGGGUCCAGCCGCGCAGGCGACGGUGCCGAGUACGCCGGCCAGUGCAUAUGGGGACCAAUUCUUCAAAGGCGACGUGUUCCAGCGCGCGGAUAGUCUGCUGAACAUGCAGCAGGCAGGAACUAUGAACUUCCUGAACCGGCGGUGA